AUGCUCUCAGAUCGAAUCCGGGGCCUCUUUCAGACCUGCCAGUUCUUCGACAUGUUUGUGACGGUGGGGAAUGCGAGGUUUCCCUGCCAUCAGGCGGUGCUGGCGGCAUCCAGCGAUUGGCUCCGGAGCAACCUGAAGUCUCUUCUGAGGGCCCAGAGCCCGGACUCCGGCCAGAGCCCUGCGCCUUCUGAGCUCCGCCUCGACAUCUCCAACCCGGAGGCCGUGCUUUGCCUCCUCGAUGCAGCCUAUGAGUUGGGUGACGAGCGGCCCAUUCCUCAUGCAGCAUUGGCGGACGUGCUGCGAGUGUCCCAGAUGCUUCAAGUCCGUCAACUCGAAGAGAAAGCAGUCAAGUCGUUGGCAAUGGAGAUUACGAGUGAGAAUUUCCUGGAGCGCCUCGACCUCUGCGUGGAAUUCAACUUAAUCUUCCUCUACGAGCGGAUCCUGCGCCAUCUUCACAAGCAGGGGAAGCUCCUGGAGGUGUGCAGGUGCGAGGAGAUCGUUU